CAGAUAAUCCUAGAAGCCUACCUUACUACCUAGUCAAUAAGGAAUCUGCGCUUGCGUUUUCUCUCGAAUGUGGCUUUAGUAAUCCACUUUUGGUCUAUGCUUUGUUCCUUUGUCCUGUUCUGUUGUUGUAUUUUGAGUUUCCUUCCAACAAGCAAUAACAAUAUCAGUGCGUUGGUUAAGUUACCUAGUGAUGUUGCUUAGUUUCUAUUGCUUUCUUGAUAUUAUUUAAUCUGUUCAAUAUGAUGUUGAGAAGGGGAUUGAAUUCUAUUAUUUCUUCUGUUCCAUUCCUCCUUGGAGCUGUGAAAAUUGUGACUUCUUAUACUCUACUAUGUUAUUUCUUUUAUUAUUGCUAUAAAAAAAGCUGGAAAAAUCAGUACCAUUCGAAAGAUAGACAAACACAGUAAGUUAUUUUAUUAUUUAAUGCUGUUUGGUGGUUCAAAAUUAGUAAAGCCCAAUAAGGAUGAAAUAAUGACCAUGAACAACAAACAUUUAUUUUUUAUAAUAAUAUUAUUGCAGACAAUAGCACAGUUGAUUGCAACAGAUUCAGGUUGCUUAUCAUUUGAUAUACUUUUAACUCAGAAUAUCGAUAAAGCAGGCUUUCACAGGGAACUGAAAUGGUUAUUGGAAAUAACAAAUCCUUCUAAAGAUAUCAUUUCAGAACAAAAAUGUAGUUUUAUUAUGCAAUUGGAUAUGCCACAAGGGGCAUUUGUCAAUCCUGAUGAGCUUGCUGAUCUUGAUAGAAUGAACAAACUGAAAACUGUAAUCGAUGGUUUUGUAGAUGUUGAACUCAUUGAACAUGAGGCGUCAAAUCACACUGUAUAUAUAAUUAUUGAGACUGAUGAUUACUCUAAAGUUUCUAUUGAUUUGCCAUUUCAUUUGAGAUACCAAAGAGCACAAUUAACUGGUGGGUAUGGAAAAGUUAUAUUACCCAAACCUAUCAUACUGGCUAGAUGUUCACAAAAAAUCAGGAAGUUGUGUCAUCGAAGUACUGUUAUGGCUCCAUGCCAUUUAGAUAAUCUGAAGAAAUGUAGGUGGACAAAUGUGACAUAUAAAGCUUUAUUCGAUAUUGAUGAAGUAUUAGUGCCAGUUGGAGACCUUGAUCAUUAUCCGAUAGUAUCAAUAGUUUCUCUAUUGAUUGGAUGUAUUGGAUGCAUUUAUGUGUUGUCUCUUUUAUCAAUGUUCUCCAAAAAACCAUUCCUUGUAAUGAAGACUGAAUAAAUUUUACUAUCUCUA